AUGAAGAAUUUUUCGAUAUGGUGGAAGGAUAUUCUAGCCCUUGACAGUGCUGUUCCGGAGAAUUUGUUCGCGCAAAAUUGUAAAAUUAUCUUGGGAAAUGGCUUUGAGACGUCGUUUUGGAAUGCGUGGUGGACGAACGAAGGAAUUCUAAAAAGUCCGUUUCCAUCUCUGUUUUCUUGUUCUUUAUUACAGGUUGUUUCAGUCGCAGCAAUGGGAGGGUGGACGAGUAAUGGCUGGAAAUGGUCUGACUUUGGAAUCCCGCAGAGUGUUAUAGAGGAGAGGCGUCUGCAGAUCCCGUUAUCAAACAUGACAAGCUUGCUGAACAACUAUAGUCCGAAGGAUGAAGCCACUGGCCUUCGUGUUUCAGCUGCUCAGCUUUCGGAUCCUCUCUGUUUCGUCACCGGCAGUAUCACGUCUGAGCUUGGGACAGCCGCUGCUGACUCGACAGACGCUGCUGACUCCGUCUCUUGGAUGCUGGAAAGCACUGGUACGUACUCGGUAGCUAGCUGUUAUCGCUUGUUAAGUACUAAAUACAUUCCUAUGGGUCCUGUGGAUAAAUAUGAAAAAGCUACUAAGCUUAUAUGGAAGAUGCAAGUCCCUAUGAAGGUUAAGGCUUUUGUUUGGAGGAGUUUUUUUAAUAGGCUUCCCACCCGAGUGGCGCUUCAGAUCCGUGGUCUUAAUUCUUCGACCUGCUGCUGUUUUUGUGGUGAAUGUGAUGAAUCAAUCGAGCAUCUUUUUUUGGACUGUGUCGUAGCUUCUUUGGUGUGGAAGGAUAUGGCGGAUUGGAUCGGAUGGAAGGUGGACAAGUGUUCUAGCAUUAAGGAAAGCUUCAUGAGAUGGCAUGGGUAUUCCAAAUUCAAAAGAGUGAGGAAAAGAAAAGAAGGGGUUUUGUGGAUGGCCACUUGUUGGAAUAUCUGGAUGGUUAGGAACGGCAUCGUGUUCAGAAACGAUAAGUGGAACGUCGACGAUAUAGUUUGGAACGCUAAGAUUACGGCAUGGAAAUGGUUGGCCAUAGGAAAAAUUAGCCUUCCCAAAUGUGACUUUUAUAAUUUUAGCAAAGAUCCUUUGCUUUUCUUUUCAUAA